GUUUCAUGUCCAAAGACUAAGAUGAAUCCCUGCUGGAAUUUUAUUUGAGGCGCGGAAAAAGGGGGUCGGAGGCGCUGCAAGAAAGGCUGUCGUCAAGGCUCCUGCAAGAUGAUGCUGAGCCCGGACCAGGCGCUGGACUCGGACCACCCGUCGUCGGCGCCGUCGGACCCGGAGUCCCUGGAGGCCAAAGGGCUUCGCAGCUGCUGCGCCUCGGACUUGGAGGCGCCCGACGGCGACGGGGCGGGAGGCGGCGGCGGCGAGGGUCGCCCGGGGCCGCACCCGCAGCAGCCGCUGAGCCGCGAGGAGAAGCGCCGCCGGCGCCGCGCCACCGCCAAGUACCGCUCGGCGCACGCCACCCGGGAGCGCAUCCGCGUCGAGGCCUUCAACCUGGCCUUCGCCGAGCUGCGCAAGCUGCUGCCCACGCUGCCGCCCGACAAGAAGCUCUCCAAGAUCGAGAUCCUGCGCCUGGCCAUCUGCUACAUCUCCUAUCUCAACCACGUCCUCGACGUGUAGGACAGGCGCGCGCCUCCCUCCAGGGGCGGCGCCAGGCGGGGCGGAGAGGGCAAGAAACCCAGGGCCCGGGGUGGGGUUGACGGCAGUGGCAAGCCGGCAGGGGUCCCCCGAAGGCCAGUCCCAGGCUCCCCCGGCGCUUUGCAGAGGCGCUGUCCGCACUGGAAGCCAAGCGCACCGUGCGCUCCCUCUUGGCGCGCCUCUUCUUUCUGAUCCCCGCCCUGAAGCAACUCCCCCGCUCCGCGGUAGGGUCCCAAUUCAGCAAAGUGUUUAAGAUCCCGACGGCAGCUUGGCGGGAGAUCCCUUGGCUUUAAGCUCGUGCCUUAAAGGGCUUUCCUGAAUCGGGCCCUAACAGAGAAACUUGAAAUGGACCGGGUCCCUCCACCCGAGGGGGUUCCCAUGGGUGGGUUGCCGCGUGCCAGUUUCCCCCUACCCACCGGGCAGCCCCCAUUGCAGAAAGUGGAGAUCUCCUUUGAGGGGGGGCGGGCGGGAGGAAACAAAACCCACAAAAGACCCUGAACUGUCAAAGUGCCCCUUUCUCUAGAUCCAAAAAGUCUCGACUGCUUGCGACCUUAAAACAUGUGAUCCAGGAGUGCAGUUCAAAAGUAACUAUUUAUUUUUUAUUUUGGGUUAGCAGAAGUAGAGUAUUUUCCCCCGAGAUUAUUUUUUAAAAUUUUGGGAGUGGUAAAGGUUUUGCGUUGAAGACUUUUGUGCCAACUGGUUUUCUAUAGUCAAGUGUUUACAUUUUCUUCUUCUGUGGAAUAAUUGUCUGACUUUGGAAGUGUUUGUUGGGAACCAGAUUGUGGGUUUCGUCUUGCUCUGGGUUUAUUGGACCACUUCCCCUGUUUCUAAGCGUAUUUUAUAUAUUCAGACUUUGUCCUUGAGAAUUUAUUUUGUGUGUGGAAUCAAAACUAGCACUUCACUUGAAGUUUUUUGUUUUUUUUUAAAUGUGUAUGGUUAUUCUGACUUGUAAUUCUGUCUAAAAGGUAUUUUGCAAACCAUUUAUAAGGGAAGUAGUUUUUGUUUGUUUGUCCGUAUGUCUGUCUUUUUGUGAGCGUGUGUAUAUUUAUGUGUGUUUUUUACAGACUUUUUUGUUUUGUUCUUUUUAAGGGAAGAAACAGGACUACUUUCCUUUAUGACAACCAAAAAAGUUGACAACCAGAAAAUGUUUCAUGCUCUUUUGCUGUGAAUCUCUUAAAACAAAAGUACGUUUUAGAGAAAGAAAGAAAGAAAA